AACAAACCCAUCAAUUCAUUGUUUGUGUCACUUGUUCCAUUUUAUGAGAUUCCCAUUAAAAAAUGAGAAGAUCCACAUCAGCAGCUUGAUCUCGGAAAAUUGUGGUCACCGUUGAGAAUUGAGAAACAGCCACGUGGCUUACUUCGGCUGCUCGCUGCGAUUAGCGAUUGCAACGGACCAUCAUGCGUCCAAUUUUUGUUUGACGUUCUCUAUCUAUCAGAGUCAUAAAUACCAUCAGCUCCGAGAAAAUUCGCCGCCAUCCAUCGUAUGCUCCAUUCAUCGUCAAAAUGAUGCCUCUUGUUGUCAAUAUGAAGUCGGCACUUGCCGCUCUUGCCAUUGGCUCCACUGCCGCCUUUGUACCUUCGAUGUCCAUCGCUACCGCCCGUGGCCCUUCGACUGCGCUCAACGAAAGUGCCGACCAUUCGAGYUUCAGCGAAUUGCUUGAACUCGAAGGACUUCUCGUUACGAAAUCGCAAGACGUCCCCUCUCAUUUUCGUGUUGACGAGCGGAACGUAGCAUUUCCUCCUCACUGGUUUCCCGAUGCCACCAAAUUCUCAUCGGAAGAAGAGGCYKUGGCYAUGGAGAAUCGCYUCCGAUCCGAAUUGAUUGRUGCGGGAGCGUUUCAUCACGUCGAGUCCGCCUUCCAUCAGGUUGAUUGUGGYCUCUUCGGCGGGGAAAUGCGCCUUCAACCAAGCACAACAGAGCUCGGGGCUUACCACAUUCAUCAAUUCAUCGUCGCCUUUGCUUUGUGGGACGAUUUGAUUGAAGAGGCAGAAGAUUUCGCCGCAAUUGAUCGUCUCAUUCAGCUUGUCAAAGCAACAAAGAAGAAUGACCCCACACUCGCCCAAAAGCUUGUCAGUGAGGACUCAAGCUCCUUCAUGGAAUUUUGGCUCCUCCACUUCAAUAGUGUUGCCUCGGUCUGCGGUGGCACKGACAACGCAAGCUUCGAUCGCUACGCUGAAACCUUCAUCUCUUGGUGCGACGCAUUGACGAAUGAAAUGGAGCAGCUUUGCAACUUGUAUCCAGAUGAAGAUGCGAUCAACGAGCAAUGGGAGGCGAGAAUCCAGGCUGUUGGGGGCACCGUAAUCUUUGAGCUGGUUGCUCUCGCUCGUAGCUUCGCUCCAUCCCGUGAACUACACGAAGACAUUUUGGCCCUCAGGUACCAGUACUCCAAGAUCCUCCGCGAAGUAAAUGAGGUUGCUUCGAUCCCCAAGGACGUCAAGGAUGAGUGCGGCUCUCUGUUUACGUCGACCAUGAUCGUAAAGGGCACCACUGUUUCUGAGACUACGACUGAGUUCAUCGAUCGGAUUGUUGAGUCGAUCGAGAAAUACGAUGAUCUCGCUGACAACCUGGUUAUGAAGCACAGGGACACCAUCGUCAACGGCGAGAAAGAGGCUCUUCUCGACUUUCUCGAUGCUAUCCGCUUCAGUACAGUUGGUUUGGCUGAAUGGCAUCUGCAGAAUGUCGAAGGAACUUUCAAGCGUUACAACCGCGUCAAGAUUGUCAACCCCAAGAAGGAAGAGGUGAUGCAAUUUGGUAUAGCCUGUGUGCCUGAAGUGAAGCGGGAUGUUUCCUCCUUUGCUCGGAACAAAUUGAAAGCCACACGCCGCGAACGUGGAGAACAGAUGACUAUUGCGUAAUCAAAACAGCAUACUGAGUAGCCAGGCUCGGUUUGGAUGUUCAAACAGGACAAGGAUGUGAUAUCAAUUUUGAGYAGUAGCAUGUUUAAUUUUUCAGUGCAGCCUUUUCAUCUAUAGACUCAUUUCGUAGCUGUUUCUGUUUUGAAUGCAUCCUCAUUAUAGUGGGUGGCAUAGAGUGGAAUCAACUGCUAUCACAUUCGGAUUACAGUACUCGUUGCAAUUCGAAAGACACAGAAUACAAUUUCAAACUGUUA